AUGACUUCAAAAUCUGCUUUCAAUUGCCGUUCCCGUACACACGGCUCUAAUCACAGAGAAAGUAGUAAAGUUUUUGAAAUUGAACAAUGCAUGUACAAUUUAUCAGAGGACUUUUUCCGCCAGACCACACUGCGAGAGCCUGAAGUACCGAUGGCAAGCGAUGCCGGAGUAGAAGUAGUUGCACUGCCGGAAACGGAUUCCUGCGACACGGAAACAAUGGCACAUACCGUGCACCAUCUAGAGGAUAUCCUUAGCCGUCCGAUCUCCGAUGAAUUGCUGAGAAAAGUGUGCUUCAGCGAAAUGUUGCUCGUGUGCGAUGGCAACGAGACCAGCAUUGUUGGCGGGGCCGCCAUCAACGUGAGCUUGAUAGCGGAAGAAGUGUUGGCAGCAUUUUCCAGUACGAGACUUACAUUCCUAGGACAUUCUACGGCCGAAAGUGAGCUGAUGUCAUUUGCGGACAGAAACUGUCGCCCGCUGCAGGAGCGAAAAUGUGAAACGUUGUUUACCGGUUCAUCCAGGCAGGAGAAACAAAUACAACUCUACUUUGAUGAGGCACACAACGUCACAGCUUACCGGCAGGAGAGUAAUGGGUUGCACACUGAAAGCUUUCAUGGGACACUUUCCGGGUCGGAAAGGAACGCAGCAGAUGGUACCGACACGAGACAGACCAUUUUACCCGAUGGGUUGCAAUUGCUAUUGCUGCGCUAUUUAGUGUUGAGCAAUUUCGUCGGCGAAGUCUGUAGCCAAACGGUCGAUGUUCAGGGCAGAGUUGGAAAUUGUGUUCAUAAAAUUGGAGCUGCGGUUCCAAACCCGCAAUCGCGACGACAGUGUAACGCAUCCGAAGCGGUAAAAGAAGUUCGAAAAACAACUUGGUACCCGGACAACACGGUACCGGAAGAAAGCGUAUCACAUUACGAUUCAAAAACUGGCCGGCUAUUAAGGCAUGGUUGGAAUGGUUCAAACUAUAUGCUUAUUGCGAACCCUCUUGGAAAGGCAUCACCCGCUGGGGUGUCGGACCUCGAACUGAGCAUGCGCAAUUACGUACAAGCAUUGUCAGGAUUUAUAAAAAAUCGAGCCUCUGUGAAGGAAUUCAUGGACGAUGUGCAUUGCUCCGUGAAAGAAAUGGAUCGGUGUAAGAAUAUUGUAAAUCCUGUAUUAAUUGAUAUAAUAAAUGAGAUUUGAA